GGAAAAAGAAAAAUCUCGCCAGCUUUCCCUCAUCAUUCUCUCUUUUCUUCUUUUCCUCUCUCUCUUUCUCAUUACAUUCAUUUCCGAUAAAACCCCUGAAAAUUUUCCGAAAUUUGAGAGGCGAAAUCGUCUCCUUUCGUCUUCAGAUCUGCUGACAGAGAGAUCGAAAUUUCCACACCCUUUUCCCCUUGAAAUUCGCCGCAUUUGAUUCUGUUUUGUCUUUCUUCACGGUAAAAAGUUCUCAUUCUUUCUGCAUUUUUCUUCUGGAUCGAAGCAUCUUGAUUCAGAAUCCGUUCCAUCGCAUUCUACGAAUUUCUCUUUGUUUUCUGAGAAUUAGGGAUAGCGAUACGGCGGUAGCCGGAGAUUUGGUGUGUCGAUUCGUUCGGUAUUCUAGAUUUAGGGUUUUCGAUUUGAGGUUGACGGAUGAUUAGGAAAUUGGUUGAUUUAGGGUUUUAAAUGAGAGCUGAAGGUGAUUAUUAGGGUUCUCAGUUUUUUUCCUUUAACAUUUGGAGGUUUGGAGAUUUUUUUUUUUUUUUGGGUAGACAAUCGAAGAGUGGUUGGUAUUUUUUCGAUUGGAAUCGAGAUUUUUAGGUUUUGUGCGUUUCUCUUUGGAGAUUUGGGAUUUUUUUGGUUGAUUAUCGUAGAAGGUAGUGAUUAGUGAGGUUUUUGAUUGUUUAGUGCUGUGGGGUGAAAUUUACAUGGUUUGACGGGUCUUUUCUGGUAUAUUGGGAGGAUUUGGGAGCAUUUUUGGGUGGAUAGUUGGAGAAAGGUCCGGUCUUUGCUUUAAUUGGCGCUGAACUGAGAGAUUUUUCUGGUAUUUUCUACAUUGGUGAGGGAAGUUUAGGGAUUUAUUGAGAUAGGAAUUGGAGAUUUAUUCGUGGAUUAGGUUGGAAUCAACUAAGAGAAGGAUCUGGUGGCAAUCCUUUGUGGAUCCGAUUGGAUUCAGCUUCUUUUUAACUGGAUUAGAUCAUGGAGCACGUCAUUGGUGGAAAGUUUAAUCUCGGAAGGAAGAUUGGGAGCGGAUCUUUUGGCGAGCUUUAUCUAGGCGUUAAUAUACAAAGUGGAGAGGAAGUGGCCAUUAAGCUGGAACCUGUGAAAACUAAGCAUCCUCAGCUUCAUUAUGAAUCUAAAUUGUAUAUGCUUCUUCAAGGAGGGACGGGAAUUCCCCAUCUGAAGUGGUUUGGAGUGGAGGGCCAGUACAAUGUCAUGGUUAUUGACCUUCUUGGUCCCAGCCUGGAAGACUUGUUCAACUACUGCAAUAGGAAGUUUACAUUAAAAACUGUGCUUAUGCUUGCAGAUCAGUUAAUUAAUCGGGUCGAGUAUAUGCACUCAAGGGGUUUUCUUCAUCGCGAUAUAAAGCCCGACAACUUUCUUAUGGGUUUAGGGCGUAAAGCUAAUCAGGUAUAUAUCAUCGAUUAUGGCCUUGCAAAAAAGUAUAGGGAUCUCCAAACUCAUAAGCACAUACCAUACAGGGAAAACAAGAAUCUCACAGGAACAGCUCGGUAUGCGAGUGUAAAUACCCACCUUGGAGUUGAACAAAGCAGGAGAGAUGAUCUGGAGUCUCUUGGAUAUGUGCUUAUGUAUUUCUUAAGAGGAAGCCUUCCCUGGCAGGGUUUGAAAGCUGGCACUAAAAAGCAGAAGUAUGACAAAAUCAGCGAAAAAAAGAUGUUAACCCCUGUAGAGGUGCUAUGCAAAUCAUACCCAUCAGAGUUCAUUUCAUACUUCCACUACUGUCGAUCCUUGCGGUUUGAGGACAAGCCAGAUUACUCAUAUUUGAAGAGGCUUUUUCGUGACCUCUUUAUUCGUGAAGGUUAUCAAUUCGACUAUGUAUUUGACUGGACUAUAUUGAAGUACCCUCAGAUUGGUGCCAAUUCAAGAGCACGGCAGCCUAGUGGAAAAACAGCCACAACUGCAGAAAGGCCAGAAAGGACCUCAGUGGGACAAGAGAUUCGGGAUAGAUUCUCAGGUGCAGUUGAAGCAUUUGCUAGACGAAAUACUUCAGGUUCUGGUUUGCAUGGCGAUCACUACAAGCACAAGGGUUUGGAGGAUCCAGCUGCAUCAUCCAAGGAUGCGGGUCCUGAUUCUAAUCGAGGCCAUGGUUCUUCCUCUCGGAAUGGCAGCGUGUCAAAGAGGGCUGUCGUCUCAAGCAGCCGGCCCAGCUCCUCUGGCGAGCCCGGUGACCAGCUUGGCCGCACAAGCCGAUUUACAGCCAUCGGUCGCCCAUCUUCUGCACAAAGGGUCCAACCCGUAGUUGACUCCAGGUCCUCCCACACCCGCACUGGGGUCAUGAGAAGCUCCCGUGAUGACCCACUUCGGAGCUUUGAGUUCUUAUCCAUCGGCACAGAGAAGAGAAAGUGAAAUGAGAAGGAAGAAUACAGAGAGGGCAGUUGGUAAGAGAUUGCUGCUCUCUAAAGGGAAACACAUAUCCCAUCACUGCUUGUUUGAGCUUUUCCUUCUCAGCAUUUGUUACUCCAGCACCCCCUUUUUUCCCUUAAAAUCCAGAUGGUGGUAAUACAUGUAUAUGCAAUCAUCCAAUCUCUCUGCGACUCUUCAUCACAGCUGAAGUUGGCAUUAGUAUCAUCAAUUCAUGAUAUAGGAAGUGUCAGGUUUUAAGAACAUUUCCAGUUGAUCUCUCUUUCUGAGGCUUUGAGCACUGUUAUAUGGUGUGCUUUAGAGUGACACUCAUUCAAGGAAGCAAAAAGGAAGAGUUCACUUGGAGGAGUUGUUGUUGAUAUAUGAGAACCUUCUUGUUACUUCAUCAUCAUCAUCAUCAUCAUCAUCAUCUUUUUUUUUAUUCCUUGUAUUAAUAAAUACCUGUUGGUUUUUGCUCGA